AUGGAGUACAGUGUGCAGUUGACGUUCAGAGAAUCAUGGGUAGACGGUCGAUUGGCAUAUGGCCUACCGGGCGACAACAAGCCCGAUUUUCUGAUCCUGACAGCCGGUCAGCAGAUUUGGAUGCCGGACAGCUUCUUUCAGCAAACAUGGGAAAGUUACUGCAAAAUGGGAUAUCCAGCCUUUGGCAUCAUAAAACGAGCAUGCACUGGAAAGUGUAUUGACGGAGCAGGACCUGAGCAGGGCACGAACGAGAAGCAGGCGCAGAAGCACAUGAUCGACAAGCCGAACGUGCUAAUUCGAAUACACAAAGACGGCCAAAUCCUCUAUUCGGUCAGGAUCUCGUUAGUUCUUUCCUGUCCGAUGCAUCUUCAGUAUUAUCCAAUGGACGUGCAGACGUGCCUCAUAGACUUAGCCUCCUACGCGUACACUGACACUGAUAUCGGUUAG